AAACUCCGGUUCCUCUAGCUCGGCGGGAAACACCUCCCCUAGCGACAUAAAUCAUACGUAUUAUCUGACGUGUUAGGCUCAGCCAAUCAGGGCGGACAGGGGUCAAGAGAAAAAUCCACGUGGGCUUUUCAAAGUCAUAAUUAGCUCUCUACCUACAGCGUUCGCGCCAACAAGAAAACCUUUAAAAUAUUUGAAAAAAAUCGCGCGCGAGUUAAAAGUGGCAAGUUUUGCGCUCUACGAUUCUCUGAUUUGACUCACUUUUUCAGGACACAAGUCGGCCAAAGGGAUCCGAUCACAGCACAAGCAAGACAAAGUCUGCCGUCAGACGUCAGUCGCGGGACCUGGCAAGUAUAUUCAGGGCACUUUGGAGGGAAAGUCUGGCGACUUCUUUGUCGUUCUUUGCCCCGGAAAAGAUCGACUUCGCCGGGAGCAUGCUCUGGGACUUCAGAAAGGGGCCGUUCGGGGAGGAUGUCAACAAAUGCAUGUGAUGAAUGAAUGAAGACUGAAUGCAUUGCUGAGAUUUUAUGAAUGGGAAUUUUUCCGAGUCCAAGGCCGCAGUGAUUACGUGGUGACCGGGGCAGUUUUCGGAUCAGCUGUUCAGGGCUUUGGGUCGGUUCCAGGUCGGCCCGUUCAACCGGGGAAAGCCGUCAAAAUUUUACCUGGAAUGCGGAAACAUUCGAUUUGGGGAUCCCCAGAGAAAACAGAAAUAUAUGCAAGCCUGUCCUAGCAGUCUAAACCUGACACAUGCUUCAAAAACUUUGUUGUAACAAAGAGUUUAAGUUGUGAAUCCUGCAUUGCGGGGGCCCGUUUAGAAAAAAGGAACCAAAAUUCCUGCAUAUUUUGAUUUGAGAUUUAAAUUUACAUGACAGAAAGCUUGCGGGUCGUCUGGUAGCGGCGUGGGCAGAGGUGUAGACCGGCCGGUUUUGGAGCGGGUUUUCAGUGUGUGUGGCCCCGUGCGCCGCCGGAUACUGUUUCACAAGGGCUCGCCGCCCGGUCACCGCGUGGUAGCCGGAGAUCUCUCGGGACAGGACGCACUCACCCCCGAGCAUGGAGACGGACCCGGACCCAGGCACGGAACAGUAUGAAAAAGUUGCGAAGAUCGGGACUGGUGCCUACGGGACUGUCUACAAGGCUAGAGACUUGAAAAAUGGGGGAGAAUUUGUAGCCCUGAAGAGGGUGAGGGUUCAGACUGGUGAAGAAGGCAUGCCGAUGUCCACCAUUCGAGAGAUCGCCCUCCUCAGACAAUUGGAAAGUUUCGAACACCCAAACGUUGUCAGACUCCUGGACAUCUGCCAUGGUACAGUUGCAGAGAAGGAGACCAAGUUGACACUGGUGUUUGAGCAUGUGGACCAGGACCUGCACACAUACCUGGAGAAAUGCCCUGCACCAGGGCUGGGACCAGACAGAAUAAAGGACAUAAUGCAUCAGCUGCUAAGUGGGGUGGAGUUCCUACACAUGCACCGAGUGGUGCACCGUGACCUCAAACCUCAGAACAUCCUGGUCACAAGUAACGGACAAGUCAAGCUGGCAGACUUCGGCCUGGCCAGACACUACAGCUUCCAGAUGGCUCUGACCUCCGUGGUGGUUACACUAUGGUACAGAUCGCCGGAGGUGCUGUUACAGGCAUCGUACGCCACCCCUGUAGACAUUUGGAGUGUUGGCUGUAUAUUUGCAGAGCUACACACAAGAAAAGCAAUAUUCCAAGGGAAUUCAGAUAUAGAUCAACUAAAUAAAAUAUUUGAUGUAAUAGGUACCCCCUGUAAGGAGGAAUGGCCAGAGGAAGUGUCGUUGCCGUGGUCCUCGUUCCAGCCCCGCCUGGCCAUCCCUCUGGAGUCACUGCUGCCGGAAGUAGAACCACUAGCCAAGGACAUGUUAGACAAAAUGUUGUGCUUCAACCCCCACAGAAGAAUAACUGCGAAGGAAGCAUUGCAACAUGCCUACUUUGUUGGGGAGGAAGCAGUACAAGAAAGACUGCAAGAGGCCGCUUCUUCCAGAAGUCUAACUGAAAACACAUUCGAAACAAGCCCUGAAAAAUGAAGCAAAAGGGCUUGCUUUACAAACAACCAGCAUUGACCAUAUGAUAAAUCUACUGUUUGACUUGUAUUACAAGUGUGUUUUGAAUAUCCUUGUAUGAGUAAUACUACAUGUACAUGUAUGUCACAGAGAAUCGCAUUAUUAGUAACUUGUAAGUUAAAAAAAGGGCAAUACAAAUAUACAAGUGUGGUUCAGAGUGUGUUGUAUUGUUUUGUUUGUUUGUUAUUUCUGGCAAAUGUAAAUUUGCCUGCUGUCUGUGUGUGUAAUAUUCCUGAACUUUUCUUUAUGAGAUUUCUGUGUGGAAUAAACAGAAAUUUGCUGAACAUUGUGACUGAAUAGGUCAGCAUAAUGCACAUUGUUGUCAUUUUUAUGAUUUUGGGUUCUGAGGUUUCAUACUUGCUAUUAGUAUGAAAGCUGAGCUGUCGUUACUUUGUAGGAAGUGUUCACGUCGAGUGGAGACAUUUGUAUUGUGUAAAAUACUGGUCCAUGGAGGAAUACCAUUGUACAUACUGAUGCAAUCAUACCUGUAGCACAAGGACUUCAAAGUAUCAAUCAAUAUUUCAUUAAUUGACAGUUUCCCUGAAUAAAAGAUUGCAUCCUAACUGUUGGAUUUUUGCCCAACAUUUGAUGAGCCAAUAAGGCUACAAAAUUUCCCAAUAGUUGAGAGCUGUUGUAGAAAAGUGUAGCACGAAGGUUAACUUUACAUUGUGUGAAUAAGAACACCAUUCAGUAUUUUCAAGCUAAAACUGCCAUCGGUGCUGUGCUAAGUCAUUCAAUUAUACUAGGGACACUGCUUGUAACUUACAUCACAAGCAAUAUCCCUGCUUGCAAUCUGUACACCUGUAAAUUUGUUCAAUUGGAGUAUGAAAUGAUUAGAAUUUAAUAAAAUGUUGUAAAAUCAUGCAGUCACAAAAGUUAGACUUUCCAUAUGCCAAAAUGUUCAGAAAUUCAAGAUGGUCUAUGACGAUUUCAUUACUGAUUGUUCACAAAGUUUAUUUACUGUACCUGUAUUAGAAAUGAUGUCACUGUUCUUGCAUGUACCUGUAAAAUUACACUAUCUUUACCUUCAAUGUGGUGCCACGAUUAUGCUAUAUACAGUAAACCUUCGGGAAAAUGAAAAUUGUCACGUAAACAGCGUUUUCAUUUUUUACUGAACCUAUUGAGAAUGAUCAUUUUGGAACUAAUACUUUGUAAUGUUGAUGCAAUUUAAAAGUUUGCAUUGUGGAUCCGGUCUGCUCAUAUUUUUGUCAGUAUCAUGUGACUGUUUAAGUAUGGUACAACUCUACUAGAAGCUUAUUCAAGUUGGCUUAGUUCAAGGAUACUGUCAUCAGAAACUUACUACAGCAUAGAGAUGGGGAGCUUGGUGCAGUUCAAAGUAGAAUGUUAGAGAGGAAGCUGGUGAAGUGGUUGUGGUGAGGUGCAGUUACAGAAGUAGACACUAGAGGGCGUUUGAGCACAGCUCUGGCUGUUCAGAGAGCGUUGGGUUUGGCUUGUGGUUUGAAGGAAAUGGUGUGGUGAUAUUUGAUAUGCCACUCUACAUUGUCCAGAUCUGAUACAAUGUUAGGUACUUAGAAAUAGUGACUGUGCGUAGGGCGUAAAAGUCCUUAUUGUAGGAUCGGAAUGGAAAAAAAAGUGAAUGAUUUGGAAUCUUUUUACACGGUAUUAA